UCUGCCCAACAUCUUACCCCAACUACCUCUUCUGUUAAAGUAGGAUCUGUUCUUUUCAUCAGUGGAGAAUUAAUGUUAAUAAUAAUUCAUGAUAAUUAUAUCGUUUAUCUUCGUAUUAUAAGUUUUGCCAAAUCUCAAAAAUCUG